UGAUAAGAUAAGUUACCACGCGUACACAAAUACUUAUAUCGUCGCUCGGUUCUGGGGAUCGAGGGUUGGGAUCUGAGCUUACUUUCGUGGCUUGCAUACAUCAUGUUGAGACGAGAUCUUUUAGACUUUUGAGACCAAUCAAGACACCGACUGCGCGACUUUAAGACGGGUUCUAUCUGUAGGGCGUGUUUGUCGUUACACCACCGUUGGUAUAAACACUCCCUUAUCACCAUCCAUUAUGCUCAUAUCUUUAUAGACUCACCAUCACUCAAACGCCUACUUCAAGCCUACAAAGAGCACAGCAGACAACACACCUUUACAAAAAAGGGAACACAACUAACUAACGAAGCAAUGACCGACCCCGCGACAGAGGUGAAGAAGCCGGUCCGCCCGCCCUCGGCCACGCACCACGUCAUCGUCAAGCUCGAGACGAUCCACGUGCCGCCUCCGGAGGUCAAUGAUGGUGACCUGGGAGCGGGAGUGACGCACGAGAUCAUCGGGUACGAGUAUACCCGGCCUUCGGAGAGCGCCGUCGCGGCGGCGAGGGCGUGGCCUGCGAGCGUGCUGAUUACGACGACUGUGCCUAUUAAUGGGGAGACGCUUGGGGAGGCGCCGUAUUUAAAGUGUAUCAUCACAGAGACAGUGGGAACAGAUCACAUCGACCUAGAGGAGUGCAGACGUCGCGGCGUGACCGUGAUAUACUCGCCCAACGCAACAGUCGAAGCCGUCUCCGAGCACGCCCUCGGCUUGUAUUUCUCUUCCCGCCGACGCUUCGUGACGCUCCACAACACGAUGAUGGACCACGCCGAGGGCCGCCCGAACCCCUGGCGCGCAAAGGGGAGCAUGUCCUCCCUCCUCCUCGACAGCGAGGGCCGCCCGCCGCAUACCUGCGGCAACGAGGUGGUGGGCAUGAUCGGCUACGGGCCCAUAGGGCAGCGCGUCGCCAAGAUGUGCCGCGCGCUGGGUAUGGAGGUCCUCGUCGCUGCGAGGAAGAGCGAUGCCGCGCCAGCUGUGAACGGUAACGAGGUCACUGCUACCACCACCGCCUCUCAGCCGAAUGGCAACGGAGACGCCCACCGCACGCCCUUCGCAGAGGUCAUCCGUCGCGCGACGACGCUCUUCCUCAUCGUGCCCCUCACGGCAGAGACCAAGAACCUUGUCGGCGAGGCUGAGAUGGCGACGAUGAGGCCUGAUGUUGUGAUUAUCAACGUCGGGCGGGGCGGGACCGUCAAUGAGGCUGCGCUGGUGGCAGCGUUGCGGGAGGGUAGGAUCUCGGGGGCGGCGACGGAUGUUUACGAGGUUGAGCCAGCGGGGAGCGGGCGGGAUAGCGUGUUAUUGGGAGAGGAAGCGCGGGGUUUGAACUUGACGCUGACGCCGCAUUUGGCGUGGUGCGCUGAUCAGACGAGGGUGAAUAUCCGGAGGGUGGUGGGAGAGAAUGUGAGGUUGUUCUUUGGAGGUGGAAAGAGUAGUAAUGUUGUGCUUGAUAUGCGGUGA